AUGGCAACAACUCAAGAAGUUUUCCAGACUAUCAUGCGGCAGAAUCAGCAGAUGGCGGAGCAGAAUGCUAGGCUCAUGCAGAUACUGGAGCGAAUCGGCAUUCAAGAAAGUUCCAGUUCUCCCAAGUCCAGCAGCCCGGAAUUCAUAAUUGAAUCUCUGGCCUCCAACAUUCGUGAAUUCAUCUACGAUCCGGAAAACGGUCUUGUCUUCGACCGUUGGUACCGGAAGUAUGAAGAUCUUUUUCUACGAGACGGCGCUGUAUUGGACGAUGCAGCAAAAGUUCGCCUUCUUCGAAGCCUCAGCGUGAACGUCCAUGAGAAAAACGGUCACCAAACUCACAAGGUCUGCGAGGAUUUCGAAUUGGCCAACUUAACGGCGGACCAAUUCAAAAGCCUCAUUUUCAUCUGCGGUCUGCAAUCAACGAAAGAUGCAGACAUACGAACGAGGCUACUGUCCAAAUUGGAAGCGACUGGUCCGGAAGACGAAAACAGUCUCGAAAUUCUGGUCAAGGAUGCUCAACGACUGCAAAAUUUGAAGCUCGACACGGCGAUGGUUGAACAACAUCAACAGGUGACUUCUGUCUGCACAGUCAAGCAGAGGAAGUUUCCAGUCAAACCAUCCGGUUCACAUUCAAAAUCCAUCAAGACUUCAACCAACCCAAAGACUCCAUGCUGGCAGUGCGGCGGAAUGCAUUUUGUCCGCGACUGCAGCUAUUCAAGCCACGCCUGCAGGGAUUGCAAGCAAACCGGACACAAGGAUGGUUAUUGUGAUUGCUUCAAACCGAAGCCGCAAUCAAAAGCCAAGGUUUUCAAGAAGCGAUCCCAACGCUUCAGUUCGACACAGCAGCAGACAUCACCAUCAUUUCGAAACAUCAAUGGAGCAACGACAGCUUCAGGUAAGCCCCUUCAUCUUCUGGGUGAGGCCAAAGCUGAAGUGACACUAGGAGACAUCAAGAAAACAGCGAUCUAUUACGUUACCGACAAUCGUCUGGACCUUUUCGGUCUGGAAUGGAUUGACCUGUUUGAGCUUUGGGACAAACCAUUAUCAGCGAUAUGCAAUCAAGUCCAACUCGAAUCUUCAAACUACAUCCAGCGAUACAAAGCUAAGUUUCCUGAGGUUUUCAAAUCCACCCUGGGUCACUGUACCAAGACGAAGGUUCGAUUGUACCUCAACCCCAACGCUCAACCUGUUUUCAAGCCGAAACGUCCAGUGCCAUUCAACUCCGUUGAGAAAAUCGAUUUGGAACUGGAACGCUUGCAAAAACUCAACAUCAUCACGCCUGUGGAAUUUUUCCAGUGGGCGGCUCCAAUUGUGGCUGUCAAGAAACCAGGAGGACGAAUCCGAAUUUGUGCUGACUAUUCAACCGGUUUAAACGCUGCAUUGGAACUGAACAACUAUCCACAUCCGGUUCCCGAUGAUAUCUUUAGCAAGCUCAACGGAUGCAGAUUCUUCAGUAUCAUCGAUCUCAGCGACGCAUAUUUGCAAUCAGCUCCGGGAGCCUUUCAGCAGCUGAUGAACACCAUGAUAGCCGGUCUGAAAGGUGUCGAUUCUUUCCUGGACGAUAUUCUGCUCUACAGCCGAACCGAAGAGGAACAUCGGAGCAUUCUGGAUGGAUUGUUUAUGCGAUUGCAGGACUACGGUUUCCACCUGAGGGAGGAAAAAUGCAAUCUAAUGCAGCCGCAAAUUCGAUACCUUGGGCACAUUGUCAACGCCUCAGGUCUACGUCCCGAUCCAGCCAAAGUCGAGGCUAUUGUCAAGAUGCCAGCACCAACCGAUCAGCAGACGCAUCUCAAACUGGAAUCGGAGCUUGUAUCCUUCACAAAUUUCCAAACGGUGCAUUCAAAGCUGUUGCUCAUGCGUCUCGAUCCAUCACUCAAGCCGAGAGACAGUAUGGGCAAAUCGAAAAAGAAGGACUCUCUGGUAUUCGCUGUGACCAAAUUUCAUCGAAUGCUUCUUGGUCGCAGGUUCCUGUUGCAAACGGAUCACCAACCCCUUCUCCGAAUAUUUGGUUCUAAGAAGGGCAUUCCAGUUCACACGGCGAACAGACUGCAGCGGUGGGCUCUAGCACUGCUGUGCUAUGACUUCGAGAUCAAGUAUGUGUCCACAUCUCAGUUUGGCUACGCAGACGUCCUUUCUCGCCUAAUCGACAAACACUCAAAACCAGACGAAGAGUUUGUCAUUGCAUCGGUCCAGCUGGAAGAAGAUGUGGAGAUUCCGCUUCAAGAAGCCAUCAGUUCGGUUCCCAUCACAUUCAAAAUGGUAACCAACGCAACACUCAAGUGCCCCGUUCUUCAGCAAAACUGCAUCAUGAUGUCGAAUCGGUUAGUCAUCCCAGAAUUCUACCAUCAACGGAUUCUGAAACAACUUCAUCGAGGUCAUUCGGGAAUGGAACGGAUGAAAGCCCUAGCCCGAAGUCACGUUUACUGGCCGAAAAUCGACGACGACAUCUCAACGUUUGUGAGGAAAUGUGAAAUGUGUGCUAUUCAUGCCAAAUCCUCACCCAAGACUCCUCCUCAACCGUGGCCAGCAACACAUUCUCCUUGGGAACGCAUCCACAUCGACUUUGCCGGUCAAUUCAAAGGUCUCAACUUCCUGGUUGUGGUGGAUGCCCAUUCAAGAUGGCCCAAGAUCUGCACAAUCAAAUCAGCAACAUCAUCGGCAGUCAUCGAGUUCCUGGAUGAAUUGUUCGCUCGUUUUGGGAUUCCAUCAACAAUUGUUUCCGACAAUGGCACCCUAUUCAUUUCGAAACAAUUCGAAAAUUUCUGCGGGAGGAACGGUAUUCAACAUCUGCGGAUUUCGCCUUAUCAUCCACAAUCAAACGGUCAGGCUGAAAGGUUCGUGGAUUCCCUCAAGAGGUCUUUGCUGAAAAUCAACGACUGGCAGAACGAAUCCCUUCAAACGUUCCUGCAAGUUUACCGAUCAACUCCAAGCCGAGUCCUGAAUGGUUCCUCUCCAGCUGAGCUCAUGAUUGGCAGAAAAAUCAGAACUAUUCUGAAUCUUCUGGAUCAUGACCAACCGACACAUUCGAAAGCAGAUCAGGGACCACGACCACACAAAUUAACAACUGGUGCUGCGGUGUAUGCCAAACUAUACCGCAACAAUUCGUCUUGGAAGUGGGUUCCUGGAAAGAUUCUUGAAGUGAUUGGCAAUGUUAACUUCAACAUCCUAUUGGAAGAGCAUCAUGGCAGGCGGAAGCUGAUACGUUCACACGUCGACCAGGUCAAGCUUCGGUAUCCGGGUGAUGCAAAACCUGAAGAAGAUGAUCCACAACCACCAGCCGGAGAAUCAACUUUGGUCGAUGUCGAUGUUAGCAUGGAAGACCAAAACGAUUCUUUUGUUUCCCUCGAAGAUGAACCAACACCUAGUUCUCUUUAA